GCUUAAGAAGGGCGCUGAGGUGAUAAUGCUCUCAGCUGAGCUGAUACGUGAUCAGAUCACCAGCCUUGAGAGAGCCAAUAAGGCAGCGUCAGCACGCAAACAGCGUAAGAAAAAGCGUAUACAGCAGAGUGGGGUCUUAACAAAGGGAGCUGGAGAGGAUCUACUCGCUCAACGUGAGGCUGACCAGCAGAUUGCUCGUGAGCAGCGUCAAGGAGGAGAUCAAUCAGGCCUUAGCCGCCAGGCUCUAGCGCCCUGCAGGAGGUGCAGAGAGACUGGCCAUAACUCACGUACGUGCAAAGUAGAUACUUAAGAUACUGCUUUAUCUACUCUAUUAAUAUAUACAUACAUUAUUAUAACGUUGUUAAGUUAGACGUUAAAUAAGGUGCGUAAGUUUGGUGGGGUGCGGCGCUCGCCCGUGUGCGGCGCUCGCCUGUGGAAUACGUUAUGUGGAAGUGAAGUUAUAAACCGCCAUGGGCAUAAUCACCCCGACGCUGAGAAAAUACGUUGCAGCGAAGUGGGCCGUGUAUUCGCAAACGAUAAUUUUUCAUCGACGCUCGCCAAAUUUGAUUCG